AUGGAAAACAGUACAGAGGUCUUGAAAGCUGUGAUUUCUGGAAAUGCUGCGCAACUAAAUGAAAUUCUUCAGAGUUUGAAUAGUACGGAAAGAGUUUCUGUUUUAGCUGCCCAAGACUACACUGACGAGGCCUUAAAAAGGGAAAAAAUUAUUGGAAUUCCUUGUAAAACCACACCGUUGAUAGUUGCUGUUCAAAGUGGAAAUCUCGAUUGUGUCAAACUACUACUGAAUUACAAAGCAGACAUUGAAGCGCAGGGAGAGGGCUUUAGAUAUCCUGAGUUUGUUAGGCUUGGGGACGGCUAUCUGGAAUCUGACCUAGUGUGCAUGGGCACUGGUCCGCCUUUGCUUUUCGCUGCCGCUAACGGACAUCUUGAUAUUUUAAGUUAUUUAUUUGAACAAGGAGCUAACGUUAAUGCAUCCUCCUCUUCAGACGAUAUGUGGAAUACUCCGCUUAUUGUUGCCUUGAAAACCGGAUACAUUGAUGCAUUUACCUUUCUUAUUGAUAAAGGUGCGGAUGUAAAUUUACCAGACUAUCAAGGUUAUACAGCUCUACACUAUGCUGUUAAAAGCGAGAACUUUGAUGCCUUAAGUUGUUUAGUUCAUAAUGGGGCUGAUGUUAAUCUCUUUACAUCAAUGUAUAAACAUACACCUUUGAUGUUGGCCUGUCAAUCUCAUAACAUGGAUGCCAUAAAUUUUCUACUAAACAAAGGGGCUAAUGUGAACCUUCAAGACAGAAAUGGGCAAUCAGCUUUGCACUUUGCUUCCUCAGACAUUUGUUAUUGGUUGAUUCAAAAUCUAGCUGAUGUUAACAUGUGUGACAAUCAUAAUUGCACCCCACUGAUGCUAGCUAGCAGGAACAGUGAUUUCAAAAAGGUAGCCAUGCUUAUUGAGAAUGGAGCAAAAGUGGAUCUUCAAGAUGUGGAUGGUAAUACUGCUCUACACCAUGCUGUGAAUAACCCAGUACUCCACUACACACGUGAAAUUUGUCUUGCACUUUUGACUGCUAAGGCAUCCAAUCUGUGUAACAGUCAGGGAUGGACACCUCUUCUUCUAGCCAGUAAAAACUGCAUUGAAUCAGUGGUACAGAAAUUUUCAAAGCAGCCAGAAGUAACAAAAGAGCAAAAAGCUAAUGCUCUAGAACUACUUGGAGCCUCUGUUUGUUUGAAGAGUGGUACCUUUGCUUAUUAUAAGGAUAUUCAUUUAGCUAAAGGAUUCAACUACUUCAAGCGCGGCAUGAAAGAAAGGUUUGCUGAUGCUUCCCAUCCUUUGUUAAAACAGCAAGUGGAACCUGCUGAAGCUUAUCAGAACAGAAGAGAGUGUCAAACUCUUGAGGAGCUUGUUGAGAUUCAAUUUGAUGGGGUUGCUAUCAUCAUGGAAAGCUUUGCUAUUAGAGAAAGAAUCAUUGGAGCUAACAAUGUAGAACUACUCAAACCAAUUGAGCAUAUUGCUGAACGCUUUUGCAGAAGCGCCCCUGGUCAUUUUUACAGACUAAGUAUACCUCUGUACAGAUAUGCAACAAAAAUUGCCCAAGGGCGUAUUGAAGAAUGUUUUGAAUCUGCAGUGUCAUGUUUAUGGCAUUUAACGGAUGUAUUGUACGAAUGCAAACAAUAUUCUGAUAGAGAGCUUUUGCUAGAAUUGCUUGAGCUAACAGUUUUUUUGUGUGAGAAUUGGCCAGACUACUAUGGACAUUACCAGUCUGUCUGGCAUAUAGAGUAUGAUGAUAAAAAAGUGUCACUGUUUGAUUCUGUGGAGGCAGUGAUACAUAUGAUUACCAAGAAUCUCCAAAAUGGUGAGGAAGAUGAAACAUACUGGAACGUCUUGGUUUUGCUGAGAAAACUUCUGCGUCAUAAUCCUAGAUGUAGGAAUGAUAAUGCCACACUGCUUCAUUUUGGUACUUAUUCAACUGAAGAAAUCAUUACUGAUAUUGUUCCAAGUGCUGAUACAGUGAAAUUGCUUUUGAAUGCAGGAUUCAAUGUAAAUGCCAUUGACUGUGAUGGAGACACCCCACUUCAUAGUGCUGCUAGAUUAGAACCUGGCGAUGACUUGAUUCACCAGGUACCUGAAAUUAUGAAGGCUUUGUUUUAUGGAGGUGCUCAUCACGAUUUUGUCAACAAUGAUGGUAAAACACCCAUGGACGUGGCUGAAACUGAUGAAGCUCGCAUGAUUCUUUCAGAGAGAAGAAAACUGGAGUUAAAGUGUAUCAAUGCCAGAGCUGUCAAAAAGUUUGGAAUUCCUUAUUUGGGGGAGGUACCCAAAACACUGGAGAAAUACAUUAGCAUGCAUUAA